AAAAAUUAAUUUACCGUGGGACUAAAAUAUGUUUACUUGAAGUCUUAAAACAAACUAUUUUUAGUAUGUUAGCUGUAUACUUCGUAUCUAUUAUGGCAGCUAGGGUCUGCCAUAGCCCAUGUCCCCUUCAACCCACAAGUAAAAUAAAAUAAAAGUACCUUUUUAUUGCACGCAAAAAGGCCUAUCAAACCAAGUAAUUUAUACGCGAUCAGCCAUACUGUUGACGUCAUAGUAGAAUAAUUGAUCUCGCAAAACUAAGACCAAUAUUCGACUCUAUGGGCUCGCAAAAAAGUGUAUAAUCUUUCGUAUUUCUUAAACAAAAGUAGAAUCUUUACGCGUCUGACACCACAAAUUGCAACUAUCUCUUUCACGCGUGGUUUUUUUUCCCGUAAGCUGAAGUGAGAUAAAGAUAACAUUCCCUCGCGUACUCGAGCGCUGACGGAUAUUUGGGGUCAUAGAACGUGUUUAAAUUUCGAAACUAGUUCCGUCCAAUACGAUGCCUUUGAAUUCAGAACGCCGCCAUUGGUUAGGGUGGCCUGUACUAAAAACGCGCGCGUCAUCGAAAAAUCGAUAAAACUGUCGUGUUUUUCUUAGACGGUACGGUCAAAUCAUCGUAUUGUUUGGGUUUCCUCUGAGUUUAGUGGUACGGGGUGUCGGAGCGGCUUGAUAGGCGCUUUAUGUUAUUCGUGCAGCUAUUUUGUGAGGCAACAUGUCGGACAGAACGUUCAUGUAGUUUUAAUUUCAUUUAAACACGAUUUCUUUAAGAUAAGUGUGUUGUGGAUGUGCCCAUAGCUGCCAAACAGCAAUGAUGCAGCAACAAAUGUGUCAGCCAGACCAAAUGGGCCAACCACAACAGCAGCAGGUGAUGCUGUGCCCCGUCCGGCUGAUCUACGAGACGCAGAUCCUAGUCCAGCCAGGCGAACAGAUCCAACCGAAUCAAACGCUUUACAUAAAUCCACAAAACCCACCGCCAUGGAUACAGAACCAGGUCCGCCCUCAAAACCAGGUCAUAUACAUGCAGCAGAUGCCAAGCAACAUGAUGCCUUCCGUCCCUCAGCACAUGGACCAAAAUCAGAUGUACCUUCAGAACCUGCAGGGCUACUACCCACAGCAAAUGAUACAGAUGGACCCCAGGCAAAUGUCUAAUGUAGUCCAAAUGAUGCCAAAUAUCGGACAGAUUACUGGUCAAAACGUUAAUAUAGGUCAAAAUGUAAUAAAUGUAGGCCAAAACGUUAGUAAUAUUGCUCCAAAUGUAAUAAAUACAGGACAGAAUGUAAUGCCAAUAAGUAAUGUUGUGCAAAACGUACAGAAACCUACUAAUGUCGGUGUUAAUAUUACUCAAAACCAAAAUAUGGCCAGUAUAGUUAGCAAUGAUAGGGUUUACAAUAGUAACAUGCCGAAUACAAUACCAAUGGCAAACCAAAAUACAAUGACGAAUGUUACCCAAACACAAGAUCGGACAGGUAAUAUGAAUCACAAUUUAGUAAAUAUGCAGAAAGUCGCAGAAUUGCAAGGGAUGAGACAACAGAAUGUGAGACAACCACAAGUCACAGUGUCUCCGAUGCAAAAUGUAAAAUAUGCUCCAAACACUGUUGAUAUUAGACAAAUUGCUCCACAAAAUGUCGGUGAUAUCAGAGCAGUAAACAGUCCAAGACCACUUACUAUUACUAGCAACAUACCAAAUAAUGUUAUGCAAGCAAAUGCAUUAAAUAAAAAAGUCCCUAUACCAAGCAACCCAAUUCCAAUUCUUCCACCAAUUCCUCCUCCAAUUCCUAUCAGGCAUUACAAUCAGAGUCCCUACAGACACAUACAACCUAAACCAAGGAGUGUAACGCCAAUCCAAAACCAGUACAUGCCGAGCGGUUCCCAGACCAUAACUGGACCUAGACCAAAUCAAAGUCUUAACGAAGUAAAUAGGAAAAGAAAGAGCGAAUCACCCGAUGAGACUAAAAGGAAAAUACCUAAUAAUCAGACCGUAAGUGUGAUGGAAACCGCAAACGGUAGGACUAUUAGUUAUAUACCCACCCCUGUUAGAGACUUUAAGCUAGUAUCAAGGAAUGUCGAGACUGCAUCUACCGGAACACAAGCCAACAUCGCUAAGGAAAAGCCUCAAGUUGUUGAUAUGAAAGUCAUACCACCGACUAAAGAUAAUGUUCAAAUCGAAAGCGAUAAGUUAGUUAGAAACACAGUUUUUACUCAAGCAGCUCAAGCUCUUAAUAGACCCCUAAUAAGAACAGAACCUCAACCGGUGCAACCGGACGUCGUGAUACGUAUAGAAAAAUUGCAUUCUCCAACAAAAAUUACACCUACGGAACCCAUGAAAUUUGUAACAUCAGAGGGUAAUACGGAACCAUUAAAACCAGAAACAUCAAAACCGAAUACAGAAAUAGUGAGAAUAGAAACGGCGAAAUCAAUUGCAGAAUUACCGAAAAUGGAAACAUCGAGACUUAAUAUAGAAUUAUUAAAAAUAGGACCAUCGGCAUCAGUUAAAGAACCAUUAGUAAUAGAUACACCAGCACCAAGUUCUAUACCUUUUGUAUUAAGUGCAUCAAUAGAUGAACAAAAACCGAAUACAAACAAGACACCACAGCCUAAUAAACAAGAAAUUCAAUCAAAAACAGAAAAAAAAACAAAGGCAAAAUCAUUAGAAAUGACUACAAGUAGAACGCCAGAACCUAAAACGCCAAAACGAACCACAGAAACACCGAAAAUAGAAACAAUCACAAAACCAGAACAACAUAUAGAAAAACCUAUUAUAGAAACAGUUACAAAGCCGAAAGAAGUUACAAAAGCUAAAGUUAAAAAAGAAGAAACUCCCAAAUCAAAAACUAAUAUUAAAGAUGAAAAAACUGUAGAAGUUAAAAAACCAGAAGUAGAGACAAAACCUGCUAAAGUAGAGGCUAAAGAGGUUAAAGAAGUAAAUAGAAAAUUCACAGUUACUUCUAUAAAUGAUUUUAAAGGAAGCGAGCUGCAGAUAGCGAAUGGUAGUGUGCGGAAAGAGGAUACGGAUCAUUACAUAUUAACGCAUGUUCUGGAUGGAUACGUCAUACAAGAGUCUAAUACAGCAUUCCCUAUCCGGAAACCGCUAAAAGAGAAAAUAAUUUACCAAAACGCAGAUCUAUCACUAGAGCCAAAGAGAGAAGAAACAUAUAAGCACAGAACAGAAGAUGGGAAGCUUAUAAAAGAUAAUAGUAAAAUACUGAGCAUUUCCGAUUUAAACCUGAAUGAAGAUGAUGCGAUAGAGAGUGAGGCUGAAACUGUGAAAUGUAAUGAGGAAAGGGAAAAGAGUGAAGAUACUAAAAUUAUAAGUGAAGAAAAAUGCGACGAAGAUUCGGAUCAACCUUUCGCGAAUCUAACGCCAUCUGCAAUCAAGUCUUGGACGGUCGACCAGCUGGCGUCCCACCUGUCAAAAUUCGACUGGGCAGAGACAAUCUCAGUGUUGUCAGAGCACGAAAUCGACGGGGAAUCCUUGUUUUUAGUUAACAAGCAACAGCUGGUGCAGAUUGGAGUCAGUGAAAUGCACGCCGAUGUUAUAUGCGAGUAUAUAAAGAACAGUUAAAUUGUAGAAUGUGUAUAUAAUAUAAAUAUAGAGAGAUAUUGACUAUAUUGUAUGUAUUGGCACAGGG